AUGUCUGACAUUGAAGAUCAAAUGGAUGUCGAUGCUCCUAAGGAGGUCCAGUUCAGUUCUGACAAUGCCAGUGGGAAGAAGCGUACAGCGGCAGACCUUCCUGUGGAAGCUCUAGAUAAUCUCCCCUGGGUUGAGAAGUAUCGUCCCAAUUCACUAGAUGAUGUUUCCGGUCACCAAGAUAUCCUUUCUACCAUCAAUCGCUUUGUCGAAGCCCAUCGACUACCCCAUCUCCUUCUAUAUGGCCCUCCCGGAACCGGAAAGACCUCAACCAUCCUAGCACUUGCACGACGGAUAUAUGGCACAAAAAACAUGCGUCAGAUGGUCCUGGAACUGAAUGCCAGUGAUGAUCGUGGUAUCGACGUUGUUCGGGAACAAAUUAAGACCUUUGCCAGUACCAAACAGAUUUUCUCCAUGGCUCCACAAGCUGACGCCGGUUCUAAGCUCGCCGGCUUCAAAUUGAUCAUCCUGGAUGAAGCAGACGCCAUGACCUCUACCGCACAGAUGGCACUCCGUCGGAUUAUGGAACGCUACACAGCCAACACACGAUUCUGCAUUAUCGCCAACUAUACACACAAGCUCUCCCCGGCGCUGCUAUCGCGUUGUACGCGCUUCCGAUUCAGCCCUCUGAAAGAGGCAGACAUCCGGGUGCUGGUGGACCAGGUAAUCGAGAAAGAAAAGGUCCAAAUCCAACCUGAUGCGGUGGAUAGCCUGGUCACUCUCAGUAAAGGUGAUAUGCGACGAGCUCUGAAUGUACUCCAAGCAUGUCACGCGAGCAGUAUACCUCUACCCAUGCGCGAUGCGCCGAACGCCCCCCGACUCGAACCCGAGACAAUUACCAACGCCACGAUUUACGACUGCAUUGCGGCUCCGCACCCGGCCGAUAUUCAAGAAAUCAUGCGCACUAUCCUUACGACCAGCGACGUGACCUCGUGUCUCAAUACCGUUAACACAUUGAAGUCGAAUAAGGGCCUGGCGCUGGCAGAUAUUCUCUCGGCAUUAGCGGACCAAUUACAGCAACUCGAGGUACCGGCACAAACACGCAUCAGCUGGUUGGAAGGAUUGGCAGAAAUUGAGUGGAGGCUCUCCGGGGGUGGAUCCGAGACGGUCCAGACCGGCGGACUGGUGGGAGUGGUUCGGAAUGGGUGUGAAUUGAUGGGGGAGAAGGGAGUUGGGCUGGCAUGA